UUAAAAGCUCGCACUGGAAAUAUCUUAUCCUCGACGCCGCGCGCCACGACGCAGCACGCCCAAGAAACCCCGUGUCCUCACAAAAACCCUGCCUGCCGGAGAUGGCCAGCGGCGACCUUCUCCUCCGCGCCCACGCCGGCGCCCCGGUCCUAGCGAGGGCCUUCUCCUGCCGCCUCCUAGUCCCGGCGAGGCGCCGCAGCGGACUAAUCUCACCUCUGGCCGCUUCCAAGGUCGGCAUCGCCGACGUCGUUGGGCGGGUCAGGUCGGGCGGCGCCGACCAGAAGAGGCGACGCAGGGAUGCGAAGGAGGGAUUUGGGUUCUCCGGGGUGGCCACGAGGAGAGAACUUAUCGACGACGAGAAGGUGGAGCAGGACGAGGAAGAUGAAGCUCUCAAGUUGGGAGUGGAGAAGAAUGGUGGCGAGACGGGAGGUGUGGAUGGCUCGUACCUCAGUGAGACACGGUUUGAUCAAUGUGCUAUUUCCCCUUUAUCGAUGAAAGCCGUCAAAGAUGCUGGAUAUGAAAGGAUGACUGAGGUGCAGGAGGCAACUCUGCCCAUAAUUCUUCAAGGCAAGGAUGUUCUUGCAAAGGCAAAGACAGGAACUGGGAAAACAGUUGCCUUUUUGCUUCCAGCGAUUGAGGUUCUCUCCACUCUACCUCAUCAGCGGGGUCAGUUACGGCCACCUAUAAAUUUGCUGGUGAUGUGCCCUACUAGGGAGCUUGCAAACCAAGUGGCUGUUGAGGCCAGGAAGCUUCUCAGGUAUCAUCGCACGUUGGGUGUGCAGGUUGUAAUUGGUGGCACAAGAUUAACUCAAGAGCAACGAAGCAUGCAAGCUAACCCAUGUCAGAUUCUUGUUGCUACACCAGGAAGGCUUAAGGAUCAUCUUGAGAACACACCUGGGUUUUCUACCAGGCUCAAGGGUGUGAAGGUUCUUGUUCUUGAUGAAGCUGACCGCCUGUUGGAUAUGGGAUUUAGAAGAGAUAUUGAGAAAAUAAUUGCUUCAAUUCCUAGAGAACGGCAAACACUGUUAUUUUCUGCUACUGUUCCAGAAGAGGUCCGCCAAAUUUCUCAUGUGGCAAUGAAGAAAGAUUAUAGGUUCAUUAACACUGUUAAAGAGGGUGAUGAGGAGACACAUGCACAGGUGAGCCAGAUGUACAUGGUUGCACCACUAGACUUGCAUUUUUCUAUCCUAUAUGAUGUAUUGAAGAAACAUGUCGCAGAAGAUGCAGACUACAAAGUUAUUAUAUUCUGUACUACUGCAAUGGUCACCAAACUUGUGGCUGAAGUUCUCUCCCAGCUGAAACUGAAUAUAAGAGAGAUUCAUUCCAGAAAGUCGCAGUCUGCAAGAACUAAGGUCUCAGACGAAUUCAGGAAAUCAAAAGGUUUGAUACUGGUCAGUUCAGACGUAUCUGCCCGGGGCGUUGACUAUCCUGAUGUCACUCUUGUAAUACAGGUUGGAGUUCCUGCAGAUAGAGAGCAGUACAUACAUAGACUAGGCCGGACCGGACGGAAAGGCAAGGAAGGGCAAGGACUCCUACUAUUGGCACCUUGGGAAAAAUAUUUUCUUGGUGCUGUUAAGGAUUUGUCAAUAGCAGAGUCUGCUGUACCACCAGUUGAUUCAAGUGUUGAGACAGAAGUCAGAAAUGCGGUCAGAAAAGUAGAGAUGAAGAGCAAAGAAUGUGCCUAUCAAGCAUGGUUAGGGUACUACAACUCGAACAAGACCAUUGGUCGAGAUAAGUCCAGACUUGUUCACCUUGCAGAAGAGUUCAGCCAAAGCAUGGGUCUUGCAGUUCCUCCAGCCAUACCGAGAAACAUUCUUCGCAAGAUGGGCCUUAACAAUGUCCCUGGGCUUCGUUCAUCAUAAUCUCGAUGUCACGAUAUCAAGCAGAAGACGUGUGCUACAGCACAGUACAUGCAUUUGACCAGCCAUAAUGCUGUUAACUUCGUAAACAACACUUGUUGCUGGACUUAAGUACCGCAGUUAACAUAAGCAGAUUGGUUUGCUGAUGACCUGAAGUUUCUACAAGCAUCCUCAUUUCCAACCCGUACACAAGUCCUCGGGUGUAGCCAGAAUAUGCAUUCAUUUUGAAGCCAAAUUUUGUUCGGUCGAGACAUCAACACUUCACAGAGAAUGCUCAAACAGACAAGGUGAUUCUACGUAUACAAGGAUUUGUCAAAAGCAUAGUGAUGUGUAUGAAGUAUUAAAAGUUCGGGAAGAAAAAUGCGCUUUCCUGAUUUAUCGUCAUAUAGGGGAAUGCAUGUGUUCAGUUUCAAAUUC